AUGGACAUCAAUUUUGCUUGCAUCAUACGGCGCUGCAUUGUUAAUCGGCUCUCUGAUCGGAUCCAAUCCCGAAAAUACCCUCUACUUGUAGGCUACAUUGCAAUUGCCAUAUCGACCUUCUUCUUUCUCUUCGGAAGAUCACCGGCCAUCAUUGUUAUCGCCCGGGUUUUCCAGGGGUUAUCUGGUGCUAUCGUGGGUGUUCUGAGCUUCGCGAUUGUUGCAGACACUGCCAGUCCUGAAAAGAGAGGGCAGUAUAUGGCAUUUUUAUCUGCUUCAUUUACCUGGGGAAUGAUCAUGGGCCCUGUUCUCGGAGGACUUUUGUUUGAUAACUUUGGCAUCUACGGGGCUUUUGUGGUCCCAAUCUCAUUGCUUGUCUGUGACAUCAUUCUCAGAUCUUUAAUGAUUGAAAAGAGAAAUCACGACUCAGAAGUGUGCGGACAAGACCAGGCCGAAGAAGCUCCCUUGCUGUCCACACAAGGCUCCACGGGGAACGAAUUGCAUCUUCGCAAUUUUGUUGAUACCCGCUUCAUCGCAGCCAUAGUUACUGAAACCACGAUUUCAUCCAUUCUUUCCGCAUUCGAGAGUACCCUCCCACUAUUCACAAUGGAAACAUAUGACUGGUCUUCAACAAAUUCCGGGCUAUUGUUUCUAGGGAUAUCUCUCCCCAGCCUUCUUAGCAUUCCAAUGGCCAAAUAUUGCCGGAGCUGGGAUCGCCGAAGAACGGUCGCCAUUGAGCUUAUUCUAGCCUUUUUCCCACUCUCUGCACUGCGUCUGGUUGAAAUGCCAUCUUCGAGUCACCAGGUUAGUUUUGUUGCUUUCGUGACCUGCGUCGGGUUGUUCAUGACCACCUCGCAAGCACAAGUCAUGGCGGAGGUGUCGGAUGCCGUGCGGCAGAUUGAGGCGAAGGAAGGGAUCGAUAGUCGUAAGAAGAGUGGAAUGGGUACUGGUUACGCGUUUUGCAAUGUUGCUAUUGCUCUUGGGCAAUUCCUGGGUCCUAUUGUUGCCGGCUAUGCGAGAUUGGGGCUGGGAUGGGGAGGUAUGACACUAAUCUUGGGUGGUAUCUCUGGAUUUGUUGGUCUCGUAUCUUUGUUUGUCAACGUGUGA